AUGUAAUCUCUAAAUUCCAGAGGGUAGCAUCAUUCUAAAACGAUAGUUGUCAAGAAGAGCACUAUAUUAUUAUAAUCUGCAGAACAUGGAAACUAGAAAUAAAAAUCUCAAAGAUUAAGUAAAUCAAUUAGAAGAAGAGGAAAUGUUUUAGAUAAGUAGGAACUUUGUUAAAUGAAUAAACUUGCUGUAAAGUUUAAACAUAGUUCUGAUUCAGAAUCAGAUAGUGAUGUUUCUAGAAGAAAGUCAGAAUAAUCUGAAAGCUCUGAUUCAAGUAUAAAAUCUAUGAAAACAAUUAAAUCACGUAUUUCUAAACGAAUUUAAGGAAAUCUAAGUCAAUACACAUAAGACCUAUUUUCAACAAUAAUUAGAAAGACAGAAAGUUAAAAGGAUUAGCAAAAGUAAAUAAAUAAGAAAAUGUUAUUAGGGAGGAAAUUUAGUAAAAAUUAUUUGAAAGAAUGGCUGAUAAGGCUACAGCUGAGAACUAUUUACUUCAUUAAAACUUAGAACAGUUUGAUUCUUCAUUAAACAUAAACAAUUAAUUUUAAUUAGAUGAAUAAGAGUCAGAACAUUAUUCUGAAGCUUUCUCUAACAUUUCAAAUGAGGAUAAAUAAUCAGAUAAUUCAAAUACUAGUGUUAAGAUUUAAGAGGAUUUAGAUUAAUUCAGAAUUUAAUAACAAAUAGAAAAUAAUUGGCAUAGUCCCAAUCUGUCAAUUUAAACUCCAAUAGCAGAAAUGAGUGUAAACCAAUAAUUUUAAUAAGUCAACCUAUUUAAAACCCAGAGUCACAAAUUUACGAAUCUCACUUGCUGGUUUUAGUCCUUUAACAGUUACUGAGUAAUCUUCAUCAUCUAUUGCUGUAUUAAAUAACUAUCUAUUAGGAGGAUAAUGAUGAUUAAUAGAGUUUAUCAAAUUAAUUUGGAAAAAUUUAUUACAAAUUAAGUUAAAUUAAUGGAGCAUAAUUUAUCAAAUACAGAAAAUUAUAAAGUUUCCGUAAAUAUCAUUUGAUAUAUGUAAUAAUAAAAAAUAAUUGAGAGAGUUCUUAUUUAGAUAAUUAUAUGAUGUUAAAAUUUAGAAAAACUUUACUUUACAUUUAUUUAAUUAUAAAGAGGCUUUCUAAAAUUAUUGUUAGAUCUAGAUUAUACUAAUUUAUAUUGACAUUAGUAACAAUAGGAAACAUUGCAAUCUUUAUAUUAGAACAUCUACAAGAGGAGGAUAAUAGAUAUUAAGAAUAUAAUUUUAGUAAUUAUUAUAUUUUGAUAUUUAGCCUUUUUAUGGUUUUAUGUAGUGGAUAUAAUUUUACAAUUAUUUGCAUCUGGAGUGUUUCGUACUAAAUUUAUCUUUCUUUCAAGAAUAAUAGAUGCUUGUUUAAUUAUUUUAUAUUAUUAUCAUUUAACAUAUUCUGAAACAAUAAUAGAUAUUACUCCAUUAAGAAUGACAAGAUUGUUGAAACACUUAGGAGCUAUUUUUGAAGGUAUUAAAAUUAAUAAUAUGAAAGGAUUAUAAAAAAUGAUUGAAGCAUUAAUUGAAUCUUUGAAAUUUAUUUUAGAAUCAACAGCAAUUGUAAUUUUAUUUGUUUUAUUUUUUGCAUCAUUGGGAACUUCAUUAUUUAUGGGUUUAUUUAAUGAAAGAUGUUUACCUUCAGAAGAAUCAGAUUGGAUUUAAUGUAGAGAAGGUUAUUGUUCAGAUGGUACAAUUUGUUAAGUCACAAAUAAAUCUUAUAAUAUUCCAACAAAUUUUAAUAAUAUAAUUUAUUCAUUUGGACUUAUUUUAAAGACUGUAACAAUGGAUGAUUGGAGUUGGGUUAUGUAUUAUACAAUCAGAGCAUUUCAUCCUAUUGUUUGGAUUUAUUAUGUUUUAAUUAUAUUUGUUGGUGGAUUUUUUGGAUUUAAUCUUCCAAUAGCAGUAUUUAAGACACAUUUUAGUGAAAUGUAAUUUAGAGAAAAUUAAUAUACCGAACAUCAAGAAAAUGUAAUUAGUAAAUCAAACUUAAAACGAAUUGGCUUUCAUCAUUAUAUAAUUUAAAUGAAUUAAUUUUUAUUUUCAAACAAUGAAGAUUUCAUAUUAAAUGAGCUUAGAACUAAUAAAAUUUAAUAAUCUUAAAAUGUAUAGUUCAGGAUCUUAUUAGGUAGUAUUUUGAAUGAAAAUAGAAUUAAUACAAGUAAUUUUACUCAUAUAAGAAAUUAGAUUUAAAACUUUUCAUUAAAAUUCUUUCUUCUUCCUAAAUUAUCAAUUUUAUAAAAAUACUUUCUAUAAAUGGAUAUUAAGAAAUUUACUUCAGAUCCAAAAACUUAAAUUACAAUAAAAUAAUUCAGUAGAUCAUCAUUUUUAUUAGAAAAAUUCAUAGAUUAUAAAUAUUAAUAUAUUUAAACAAGUUAGUUAGAUAUCUUAAGAAGAUCCCUAUUUUAAGUAUUAAAAAAAUCUGAAAAUUAAAAUUUUUAAAUAUAAAAAAGAAAAUUAUUCUACUAUAAGCCAAUUUAAAAGAAAAAAACAUUAAUAUAGAGUUAGCGUGUAAAGUCAAGUAAAUCUGAAAUAAUAGGAGUUUCUCCUUUAAACAAUUAGAAGUCAUUAGUUUAAUUACCAAUGAAAAUAUCGAAAAGAAUAAUAAAGAUAGAUAGUGUAAAUAAUUCUGAGAUUCAUGGUGUAAAAUCUAGUUCAGAAUCAUUUUCUCCAUAAGUUGGAUAAUAACAUAACAAAGAAAUAGAGAAAUAGAGACGAAAGUUUCCUUAUUUUAUGAGUGGAUAGUAAUUUAUUGGAAAAUAAUCUAUUUGCAAACCUUUUACAAUUUAUAGUUGUGGUGAAUUAAAAUUACUUUUAAAUGGAACAUAUUUAGAUUAAAAGGAAAUAGAGAAAAGAAUUAAUUCAAAAAUAGUAAAUAAACCAUUAGAUAAACCAAGAUGUGAGGAGGAAUUUAUAAAAAUAAAGAGAAAGGAAUUUAAAAAAAGAUUGAUAAAAUAAAGAAAUUGGUCUGGAAACAAUGUAUUAACAAAUAGUUAGUUUUUAAUAAAGAAAUUUGAUUCAAUAUUUUAAGAACUCAAUGUAAGAGACAUAGAGAUUUGGCAUAAAUCAUUUAGUGGAAUUUUAAGAACUCUUUGGAAAUAUGCUUUUAGAAUAAUGCAUUUUAAAUUAACAAUGUUAGUGUUUGAUUUAACAAUUCUUAUAAAUACAUUAUUUUUGGCUUCAUAGGGUUUAAUAGAAAGAAGUAUAAUAGAUAGAGUAGAAGAUACUGCGACAAUAUUAUUAUCAACAGAGAUUAUACUCUAAUUGAUAGUACUUAAGCCAAGUAUUUAAUUAUAAAGAUAUUAGGAAGAUUAACAAAAAAUAUACAUCAUGUUAUAGAAUUAUUGAUAGUAAUAUUAAGUUUGAUAGAGUUUGGAUUUAGUAAUUACUUAAAUGUAAGUGAAUAAUAUUUAAGAUUAAUGAGAUCUUCAAAAUGUUUAUUGUUCUAUAGAUGCAUAGGAUAUAUAUAAAUGGCUCGUAUAAUUGGUGCAAUUGCAUAAAUAACUUAUAAGUCUUAUAUAUAUUUGGCAUUUUUGAUGUUCUUUAUGAUUUUUACUUUUGGUUUGAUUGGAAUGGAGUUAUACGCUCAUAAAUUUAGUGAAUAUCAUAAUGAGGGUUAUAUGCAUUCAUUUGAUGAUCCAGCUAAAGCAUUUAUGACAGUAUUCAAUAUAAUGACAAAUGAUGAUUGGUUUGGAGUUUAUAGAAUUGGAUCAGAAAUUUAGAAAGAAUUUUCAAUUGCUUAUUCGAUUUUAUUAGUGUUUACAUUAAAUUAUUUUAUUUAUGGUAUUUUAAUGGCAAUAUUAUUGGAUGGAUUUAGUUAAUAUUUAGAAAGAGAAUCUACUAAUGAAAAUAAUAAGUUUUUGAAAGAUAAAAUAAAAUAGAUAAAAAAACUUAAUAAAUAAUUAGAUUCAGAACAUUCAGAUAAUGACUCAGAGUCUGAAUCAGAAUCCAACUCAUGUUAAUCUUCAUUAUAUUAAGAUUAGAAUAAUUAAGGUUUUACUAAUAGAUAUAAUGAUAGAAAUGAUAGUUUGUUUCAUGAAAAUAUACAAGCAUCUCCUAAUAAUAUUAAAGAAUAAAUUUAUAAUCUAUAUUCCAAAAGAGAUAGCAAUUUCACAGAAAUGUUAUUUCAUUCUUUAUAAUUUCCAGUAGUCAGAACUAGAAAAAUGGAAUAGUAAGAUGAAUAGAAGAAGAAAAUAAAAGAGGAUUUUAGAAGAUUAAAGAGUAAAAUCAAUAUAUUAAAAUUGAAAACUAAUGAACCAAAAACUCUUAAAUAUUUAUAAGAAAAUCUAGAAUAGAUCUUUAAAAAAAUGUUUAAACAUAAUUAUAAAUUAUAUGCUGGAAUUGAAUGUAUGUAAUCCUAUUACUGCUUUAAAAAAUCAAAUCCAUUAAGAAAGAUAUUCUUUAGGAUAAGUUUUAGUAUUUAUACAAAAUAUUUUAUUGAUUCCAUUUUAUUUCUCACUAUUAUUUAUUUGGCUCUUCCAAAGAAUAUUUAGGAGAAGCCAUUGUUAAUUACAACACUAUUUAUUUUGAAUUCAACUAUUUUUAUUGAAUUUAUAAUAAAAUCUAUUGCAUAAGGGGCAUUCUUAGAUAGAGGAUCAUAUUUAAAUGUAAGUGUUUUAUUUUAUAGUAUAGUAUACUUGGAAGAUAGUUGAUCUAAUUUACAUAAUAGUUUAUUAUGUUAAAUUUUUUAAUAUUAUUGAUUUACCAGUUUUUGUAGUAAUCGAGACAUUUUUAUUUUUUAGACCUUUAAAAUUAUUAUAUAGAAUAAAAUGGGUAGUUAGAGUAAGAGCAGCUUUGACUUAAUCUCUAUUUGAUAUUAUAAAUGUGUUUGUUGUAUUACUUUUAGUAUGGCUAAUGUUUGCUGUAUUUUCAAUGAUGUUAUAUGCAGGUAAGAUGGGAUUUUGUGAGGAAUAAAUAAAUUAUGAUAUUGGAUAAGAAGAAUGUAUUAAAUUAGGUAAGGAAUGGAGAGUUUAUAAACAUAAUUUUGAUAAUAUAACAACUGCAUUACCUGCAUUAUUUAUAAUUUCUACUUUUGAUGGAUGGGGUUCAAUUUUAUGGGUAUCAUAAAAUAGUAGAGAAGCUUCAGAUGGUCCACAUCUUUAUUUUAGUUAGAUUCCAACAUAUAUCUUUUAUUUAGCCUUUUGUGCUGUUGGAUCUAUGUUUUUCCUUUAAUUAUUUACUGGUGUAUUGUUUAUCAAUUUAAAAGCCAAUUCUUAAUAAAUGGAAGACUAAUAAUUAACAUAAGCUCAAUUAGAAUAUAUAAAUGUAUCAGAAAUCAUUUUACAUGAUCAUCCUAUUAGAGCAUCAUUACCAAAGUCGCAAUUUAGUAGGUUAUUAAAUAUAUUAAUAAUGAAUAAAUAUAUGGACUUUUUUAUGUUUACUAUUUUAUUAAUGAAUUGUGUUACAAUAAUGAUGAUUCAUCAUUCAGCUGAAGAUUAUUAUAAUUCAAGAAUCAAUUAAAUUUAUCAUAUAUGUACUAUUAUUUUUGCAACUUGGUUACUACUUCAAUUCAUUAAUUUAGGAAUCAAUAGAUUCAAAGAUAAUUUAUGGAGACUCUAUACAUCCUUAGUUAUUAUUUUAGGUGUCAUUGAUUUAAUUCUUGAUUGCAAAUUCGAUUGGUUUGAAUUCUAUUGUAAUUCAACAUAAUUAACCUAAUAUUAUUAAUUAUUAAGAAUAUUAUAUACUCUUAGAAACUUAAGAAUUAUUUUAAUAUUUUAAGGUUUGUAAAAUCUACAAAGAUUAAUAAGAGUAAUGUCAUUUGCAUUGCCAUUUUUACUUAAGAUUCUGUUCAUUCUUUUAAUAAUUAUGGUUGUAUAUGCAUUUUAUGGAGUAAUGUUAUAUGGAACAAUAGAUAAGGGUGAAGUUAUUAAUGAUUUAAUAAACUUUUCUAAUUUUUGGUUAGCUAUGCUUACACUUUUUAAAUGUGUUAGUGGAGAUGAUUUUCGAUCUAUUAUGAAUGAUUGUAUGCAUCAUAAUCCAUAUUGUUCUGAAGAUCCUAAAUAUUGUGGAUCUCCAUAUGCAUAAAUCUACUUUAUAUCUUUUAUGUUAAUAUCAAAUUAUGCAUUGUUAAAUUUAUUUGUUUUAGCCAUGAUAGAAUAAUUUGAAUUCUUUUUCAAUAAUUAAGAUUCCAUUUUAUAAACAUACGUUGAAAAUAUUGAUUCUUUUAGAAAAACAUGGUUCAAAUUUUCAAGAUAAAAUGGAUAAGUUUUAAAUAUUAGAUCUUUACCUCAUUUAUUAAUUGAAAUUAAAGAACCAUUAGGAUGUAAACCUUAUGAUAAUCUAUGGGAUGCUGCUAAACUUAGUUUAAAUUUUAAUCUAUUUUGUGACUUUGGAGAUAAUAUAACAUAUAAUUAAUUGUUAUAUGAAAUAUUUUAUCAUAGAUACUAAAAAUAAAUAUUUGAGUAAUGUUCAGAAAUUGCUGCUCAAAAAAUGUCUUAAUUUCAUAAAACUAUGCUUUUCAGAUUAGCUUAUUACAGAAGAGGAUUAAAACAAAGAAGAACAAAUAUUGGACCUUAACUUAAACUAGAAGGUAAUGGUAAUAUUUUACAUGUUUUAUUAAUAACAUUGACCACUUUCAAACUUUGGAAAUCCUAUACAGUUUAGAUCAUUUCUAAUAUAAUUACUGAUUAACAAUAUUUAUCAUAAAGAACUUUUAGGGACACUGAACCAAUCAAACAUUCUAUUACAUUAAAAAGUAUAGAAAGUUAAGAAUCAAGAAUUAAAUUAAAUGAUAAUCCUGUUUAUCAAAAAAGAAGGAUAGGAAGAAUGAAAAGAGUCUCAUUAUAAGGUUAAUUAAAUGACUAUUUGCCAGGAGAUUGCAUUAAUGUAUUCACUUUUAUGUUAUUUUAGCCUAAACCUAUUUUAUUAAGAAGAAAAAGUAGUUUUGGAGUUGAAGAAGGUAAUAUCCAAAAUGUUUAUCAUUCACGUAAAAUUCAAAAAAUUUAAAAGAUUUAUAAGAUGAUAUGA